AUUGCCGUUGCUGCGGCUCCGUGGUGCUAAUUGCCGUCGAGUUCUCGGGCGAUCGCGAAGACGAUCGGGCAGUCGAGGGACGGUGCUGUGGACUGGAUCGCGGUAUUGUUGUGCGCACCGAGAUUAAAGCGACGCGAGAUAACGAUAAGAGAAUUUAGACGUCAAUGGUACGGCGUGGCUCGAAGUGACGAGUACGUGUGUAAACGAUCGCUGAAGAGUAGUGGGGCUCGAUCGUAGUUGGCUGAGUGGACAGCCGAAAAGGAGGAGCUGCCGACAACGAGAAGGGUGUUACAGGAGGCGACAGCGACGGCUACGGGUGACGACAACGACGACAACGACGGCUACGAUCGCGGAAACGGAGCUACGGCAGCCCAGCCUAGGCGCCCUUAUUUCGUGGUUUCUACCCUAAGAAACCUUCCUCAUACGAGAAUCGUUAGUAUUGCACAGUGCACACAGUCACGCGCCACCGCGUACAUCAGCGCCACGAGAUGGAGAGGCGAGCUGCUUUUGUGCUGCUGGGGAUGCUAUAUUUAGCAGGCACCCUCGUCACGGUCCAGGCAGUCACCUACACGGGGGCGUCUGUCGUGCACGAGGGCCAACCUUGGACGAUCGAGUGCGGCGGGCUGAAGCCGGACGAUAGUAUCAGAUGGACCAGAAACGGACAAUCGCUCGAACCGGAGCUGGCCAGUGGUCAGUUGGUCGUCAACUCGUCGAUGGGCACCGGGACCACGUUGCUCAGGGCGGCGCACGCCACCGCCAGCCACGACGGGGACUACAAGUGCACCCCGGACACCAGCGAAGUCUUUCAUCUCUCGAUAUAUUUCGAUGUCAAGAUUAGAGUACUCACGUCAAAGGACACGCCUUUGGUGAUGGAGUGCGCCAACAGGACCUCUGGAGCAAAGGUGAAUUGGUUCAAAGAUGACGUUCUCAUAAAUACAGCAUUAUCUGCCAAGGAUGACCUCAUGAAGGUGGACAACGACACGGGCACCCUGGAGCUUUUGGACGUCGACGACGACUUGUUCGGGAAUUACACCUGCAAAGGACACAAUUCCACUACGGAGUACAGGGUCGUGCCGAGACCCACGGCACACAUGGUCGAUUCUAUCAACGUGGUAGAAGGUGAAAAGCUGACCUUGGUGUGCCAAGGCAAGCAGAGUCCUGGUAUCAAAGUAUCAUGGACAUUCGGCGAUCAGAACUACACCCGCAGCAAAGGUCGCGUCAAGAUUGGCCGUGACCCGGAGAAGGGCAUCUACGGCACCGUCCUAACCGUCGAGAACAUCGAGAUGAACGACCGCGGCGACGUCUAUUGCAGGGUAUCGUACAACUGGUCUGACUUCAACGAGGAUCACACCGCACAGGCCAAAACAUUCCUUAGGAUCAAAGACAAGUUCGCUGCCCUCUGGCCCUUCCUAGGCAUUUGCGCGGAGGUAGUCGUUCUAUGCGCGAUCAUCCUAGUUUACGAGAAGAAACGAAACAAGGCUGAACUCGAGGAAUCGGACACCGAUCAGAGUCCUGACACCAAGCCAACGCCCAACAAGGAUUCCGACGUCAGGCAGAGAAAGUGAAACGUUGAAGAAUAAGCGGCGAACGAAUGAGAGCGAUGCAGGACGGCAGAACGGAUAUACGGAAUGAUCGUGGCGACGUCUUGCCCGGAGUGACAAUAGAUGAGAGCUGUACAGAGAGGGGAGAUGUAUAGAGGCAGAGAAUACCGGGGUAAAAAGUUCCGAAACGAGAAAGACACACAUCGUUCGAGGAAACGAAAUAAAGAGAAAUAAUAGAAGAAAACGGUAAACCGUUCAGACAGUGGACAGAGAGAUAUAAUAAUAAUAAAGCUCGGCCGACGAGCAAGGUCGCGUUCGAGUGCGUUACCCUGCGCGACGCGACAGGGCUCUCGUCUGCGCGCAAGUACGCGGACGGAGCACGCGCGUGGGGGGGGGGGGGGGGGAUAUUACAAUUUACUAACAAAUUAAAUUAAGCCUUACUAUCGUGUUCACUCCAUUUAUCAAAUGUUCGCCUGUCCGUACUCUCUCGACUACACUGCUUCGAUCGACGUCGGAGUUGGAGGGGGAGAAAUUUUGUGCUGCUGAUCUUGCGUGGUUGGUACGUGUGGAUGACAAGAGUGCGCGAUGGUAAAUAAGAGGAAUAAAGGACGGAGGGUACCGUGGAGAGAAAUUGAACGAGCAUAACGAAUAAAGGGCGAAGAGGAAGGGUUGCGGUGUGAGUGUAAAUGCGUAAUGCCUGUGUGCCUGGUUGCAUGCGCUUGAAUGAAAGAAUGCGAUAGUGACGAAAAAAAAAAAAGAAGAAAAUUUCGAGUUUUUGGAGCAGCAUACCCGCCAAAAAAGCGACCUAUGUACAAUCGGAGGCGCGAAACUUGGCUCGACGUCAUCGGAAGACUAACGCCAUCGGCUGGGAGGCACGCCGCGCGGCGGUGCGCAAGCUAGACGCGCGAAGAGACUAUUCGCCGUCGAAUUCGUGAGUAUAUGUUAAACUUGACAUCGUUAUUCGACUAAUUGGUUAGUAAUGGAAACGUGUCCUUAGCUGUGCGCCUCGUGUAACAUUCUACCGCGAGCGGUUUUUCGCGUAUACGGUUUAUAGACCACUAGCGGCUUGUUUCUCAACUGGCGGCGCUGGUAUUCCCGUAACGCUCGAAUAAGUUUUAUACUUUCGAUUGUACGCGAGCGAGUUGUAAAUUCGUUUCUAUUAUGAUAACCGCUUGUACGGCUAAAUAUAUACACAUAAAGAUAUACUAUGUUCGAGGCGCAUUUAUUCUCGUAAUCUUGAAGAAAUUCGUUUUCUCGCUUUGGGCGGGUAUGCUACCUUGAUUUCAGAGCGUGUAGGCCCCCUGUUUCUCAUUAAUUCGCACGCGUGACAGAUGAGAAAACAAAUUUAACGGUAGGACCGAAAAAUAUGUGCUCGAUAACUAGUUACGUAAUAAUAGGAUCAAGAGGCAAUGCGUGCUAUAAUUGGCUUCCGAACACACAACCACAGACUUUUCGGAAGUAUUAAAAGCUUACCAUGGUGGCGUCGCCUUAUGAUAAUUAUUAUUAAUUAUUACUUACUAUUAUUAUUAUUAUUAUUAUUAUUAUUAUUAUUACUACUAUUGUUAUUAUGAUUAUUAUUAUGAUUAUUAUUAUUAUUAAUAUUAUGAUCUUAAAUAUUCCAUCGUUCAUGGAGAGAGCGAGAGCGAGAGAGAGAGAGAAAGGAAACACACCGUCGGAAGUCAUGUUUUUGCGCGCGACGCCGUUGUUAACGACGUUAAAUGUAAUUAUUAAUACUGUAAUAUUAUUGCCAUCGUUACUACUGCUGCUACUAUCGUUAUUAUGAUUAUUACAAGUAUUAUCGUUAAUUUUA